AUGUGGUGCUUUGCGUUUAUUGGACUACUAUUUACGGGGACCCAGGGCUUUCUUACCCCCGAUUUUCGAGAGUUCUUGGUUGAGAACUAUGGUGAAGAAACGGCAAAGACAUUGGAACGAGCGGAUCUGUUUGGAAUCGGGAGCUUUGGAGGGAGAACGGAGAAGGGCCAGGAGAUCAAAAAUAAGGUGAGAAUUAUGCAAAGGGCUGAGCAAAGUUAAAUCAAAUUAUCAUCACGCUGCUAUGAAAAGGCCAUGAAAAUUUAUUUGAUGCCAGAUUUGUAGAGUUGCCUUGUAUGGCUGGAUUUUUAAGGGCCUGUUUUGAGGUAGAAAGAGCCUCACGGCUUUAAAGAAUCCGCAAAAAUUCAAAGGAAACUGCGAUAUAAACACUGGCAGUCUGUCGGGAAAAUAAUGUGGAUUUGUCGCAGUGAAAUGCCUCGUCGCAGUCACGCGCCAAAUCUCUAGCCGCGGCUAGCCAUUGAAAAGCGAUGUCCACAUUAUUUUCCCGGCAGAUUAAUAUUGCAACUGCAAUGUUAUAAAGAUCCAAUUUAACAUUAUUUUUUACUUGACAGGCGCUUACACGAAACAUUUUAUAACCCAAAUUUUGCAGCCUGAUAUUUCCCGUCCAAAGAAUUACAAAGCUUUCCCCUUCUAAAAACAUAAAAUACAUUUCUGUUUUGGCAAAAAAAUUUCAAUUCGUGUUCUUAGAACAUCAUGAUACAAUUGUUUCAUCAUAACCCAAUCUGGCCCUAGUUAUUCCUCCUUUCCCUUAUUGAAGCACGUCUAAUAUGUUUGAGGGGUAAACAUGCGACCUCAACAUAUGUAUAUAGGCAAUUGACCCUGCUUGCAGCACGGUCCGACGCUGAGCCUUGUGAAAAGUGGGCCGCUUUCAAAAUUUUGGAAACACGGCCCUGCAUUGAAAGACCUAAAAUUACUGGGGCCUGUUUCACUAACAUAAAAAUAAAUAAAAGAGAAGUAGGGGGGAGCGAGAGAGCAUCGAAAACGCGUUUGCGAGCGAGAGAAACCGGACGAAAAGCAGAAGUAGCCUACUUUUGCGGGAGUGACUUUUUACGUCCAAAACCGCGGUUCGCGGCAGUAUUUUGGCCAUAACUUUUUUCUCAGUUGGUCUAGGAACACCCUUCACAAUUUACAAUGAAGCUGACAGUUUCAGCUAUCACCAAGAUUAUUUUCAUUGCUGUGGUGCCAAAACCCGUCCUUAAAAAAAUCGUAAAGUACGCGUGCUUUCAUUUUUGAGAAAAUCGACUAAAUUGUAGCUUAAAAUCGCCAUAACUUGGGUAAAACUUUUCGGAUUGAAACCCUCCAAAAAACAACACAUAGAAUUUUUUAAGUAGUUUUAGACAAUAUGUGUUUUGAAUUCCUUUUAUAGCCCGGUGGACCGCUAAUUUUACAGUAGUACGGCCAACCAUCUCGUUUUUUCUUCUUCGCCGAAUAAAAACGAAUUUUUCUCACCAAUGUUUAUAAGAAUGAUUACAAGUUUCAUAUCAGUGUGUAGAGCCGUUUCUUAGCUACAUUAUGUUUUUUGAGGGGUGGCGAUAUAUCAUAAACUGAUAGAGUUACGUGCAAUUAAAUCAAGGUAACCUCCAUUUUUGACCAUAAAAAGUCGUUCCGAAAGGGGCGAACUUUUCCUCUUCCUUUGAUUUGAGGGCUCUUUUUAUGACAAAAAUGGAGGUAAAUUUGCCAUAACUCAGCCAUAAUAAGACCUACAAUUGACCCUCUAAAAAAGCCUCAUGGAAAAAAAGAUGGGCUAUCGACUGGUAUAAAUUAAAGCGUCAACAUUUUGAAAUUGACCGAGAAAUAAAACAUUUCGUAUCUUCACUGUAAAUGUACUCUGUAUUUUAAGCUAUAUAACUAAUCUACUCUUGAAAAUAAAACAACGAAAUUUAGAUAUGUUGUAGUCUCAACCGUCAGCUUUAUUUUGUUUUUUGAAGGGUGUUCCAAUACCAAUUGAGAAAAAAGUUAUGGCCAAAAUUCUGCCGCCAACCCCGGUUUUGGACGCAAAAAGUCACUCCGAAAGAGAAGUAGGCUACUUCUGCUUUUCGUCCGGUUUCUCUCGAUCGCAAACGCGUUUUCGAUGCUCUCUCGCUCCCCCUACUUUUCAUUUUAUUUAUUUUUAUGUUAGUGAAACAGGCCCCUGAAGUCCAAACUGGUAGUUUUAGUUCAUUUUUUAACCGUCAUCUUUUUCAAAAAAAACCCUGGUGAUUACUUAUCAUAGAACCUAGAAGAGCUAAACCGAACGUCGAACAUAUAAUCACCUCCCAAUUAACAAUUUCAGCACAAAAAAAUUUUUUAUUCCACUUUUUUCAAAUUGGGGAUCAGACCUCCAAAUACCGGGCCGUAGCUUGGCCCGGUAUAAAGCAGGCUCGGCCCGUUUUCGAAUUUCCAAAGGCCAGGCCAGGCUGUCUGCCUCAACACAAGACAAUAUCAAUUUCAUUAGUCCAACGCAAUUUACAAACUUGCGAAAAGCAAGAAAUUAUGACGAUUGGAUAAUAAGAUUUUGAAAAUAAAUUUUCCAAUUUACUCUGGCAACAUGCAUGUAAGCAUAGAUCAAUUUUUAAGUUUUAAAAAGUACUACAUUGAAAGAUCGAAAUUUCAAAACUUCUCACGCCAAAAAUUCGAAGACAUUUUGGUACAAUUUUUCAUUCAUAGUAAAAAAUCAAAAUCUAAAUCUGUAAAAAUCUGCUAAGCGCGAGCUAGGGUUCUCGCACAUGUCUUGAAAAAAAUGCUCUAAAUUUGUGCCAAGUUCCAUCAAAAUCUGAGCGUCGCACUUGGAAUACUUUCACUGUUAGCAGCGAAAUUCUAUCACUUCAAUAAACCGAUAAAUCUUCGAUACUUUGGGAUUAGCAAUUUAUUCUUGACGUGCAUCAUAAUAGCGUUGCUCUCAGUACUAGCAAAUAACAACCACAAAAGGUGCCCACAAGUGACGUCUUCCUCUGAUUUCAGCCAGUUGUCUUCGUGCAUGGAUCAACUCUGUCGGCCGGAUUCUUUGAUUCGCAUCGGCGUUGGUACAUGUCCCGAGGUUACACCUCCGCGGAACUCUACGCGACAACUUAUGCGGACGCUGGACAGAAGAAGAGUUUGGUGACAAAGCUUAUGAAUUGUGAGGAUGUUCAGAGUGUAAGGAUUUAGCGGUAGUAAAAGUUGAUAGUAGCAAAAUUACAACGUUUCCUCUCUUUUACUAUCUAAUUAUUAAACUAGUUAGUAAAGAAUUUUCUGUGCUAGCAGCUUACAGAAACCUAUGGGCUUGAUUUUUUUUAUACCUUCACUAUGUGUACGACAUCUCUGUUUUCAGAUUCGCACACUCAUCCAAGCCGUUCACGAAUACACUGGCUCUGUUGUAGAUGUCCUCGGCUUUUCCAUGGGAACCCCCAUUUCGAGGAAGGCGAUUCUCGGCGGAGAAUGCGUGGAUACUAAGGAGGACCUCGGAGGUCCCAUCACCGACAUGGUCGACACUUUUAUCGCCGUUGGAGGAGUUGCCUAUGGGAUGGAGCAGUGCAAAAGCAACCAUUGGGCGAGUUGCAACCUAAUCAAUGGAAUGAAUUGCACAUCGCUCUACGAGGUGAGCAAGAAAUUAAAACUUACAAAGGAAACACCAAAUGCGAGGCUAAGAUUUUCUUUCAAUUUUGCACACACCUUGGACAUACCUUAUACGAUAGAAAUAGGCAUGAAACUUUUCAUGAAGUUUUGCAAAAAAAUUCGUGUUUUUUCUAAAGUCCGACUUAAAGUUUUUGCUCGUUUCUGCAAAGUGCGACCUAGCAAUCUCGUAUAUAUAUGCCUUACCAUUAGGAAACAUGGCUCAAAAUUUGCGCCAAGUUCACGCAGAACUAAACAUCGUACAUAGAAAACUUCCUCUGCAAGUCAAAUAGUAUUAGUCCAAAAUAAAACCCCUCACUUCUUUCAGAAGGACGUGAACGCACCAAAUCAGCGGUACGAAGGUAAAUUUUCCUUCGGAAUCUACAGCUUGGACGACCCGGUUAUUGGCAGACAUUGCUGCGGACAUGACUGUGGAUCCCUAAAGAACGCAAACCAAAACUUUCAACACAACGGCCUAGGACACGGCGGGAUCGUGCUACAGACCAAGGAGCUACAGUACGUCCUCUUCAGGCAGCAUUCCGCGAACCAAAAUACGAGGAGAAAUUAG